UGGCAGUAGUUUUAAUCUCCAGGACAGGCAGGGAAUAAAUUCAGGGCACCAAGGUCUCUCGGCAUCCAGGGACCUGCUGUCACAAUGGCUGCAGGAAGACUUCGGAUCCUGUGUCUGCUGCUCCUGUCCUUGCACCCAAGCCUUGGCUGGGUCCUUGAUCUUCAAGAGGCUUCUGUGGCAGAUAAGCUCUCAUCUGGGAAGAUGGCAGAGACUGGAGGGACCUGGAUGCCCCAUCAGGGUAACAACCAUGUCCGUCUUCCAAGAGCCUUGGCUGGUUCAUGCCGACUGUGGAGCCUGACCCUACCAGUGGCUGAGCUGGGCCUGGGCUAUGCCUCGGAGGAGAAGGUCAUCUUCCGAUACUGUGCUGGCAGCUGUCCCCAAGAGGCCCGUACCCAGCACAGUCUGGUACUGGCCCGGCUUCGAGGGCGGGGUCGAGCCCAUGGCCGACCCUGCUGCCAGCCCACCAGCUAUGCUGAUGUGACCUUCCUUGAUGAUCAGCACCAUUGGCAGCAUCUGCCUCAGCUCUCAGCUGCAGCUUGUGGCUGUGGUGGCUGA